UCUCCCUUCUCCUGCCGUUUGACGUUUACAUUAAAACAUAACGUGAUUAAAGUAACAGAAGAUUAUCAAAAGCCACUCAUAUGUUGGCUUAAAAUGAAGGUGCCAGAGGGUGAAUUAAUGAGCGAUAUUUUGAAGCGUUUAACGGGCGAGUCAGCCCUCCCUUGCUACAGCAACAUAGUGAAGUAUAAGAGAGGAAGGCAAGGAGUAUACUUCGUGGCCGAGGAAUUCGUUGAAUCUGUGAAGAAACGAGAGCUGGUCAACGCCAAGGAACGACUGAGAAUAAGGAACUUGAACACCAUGUUUUCCCGCCUGAAGCGCAUGGUGCCACUGAUGCGACCAGACAGAAAGCCCAGUAAAGUGGACACACUCAAAGCUGCGACAGAAUACAUAAGAUUGCUUCUUGCAGUUUUGCAGGACACCGACAGUAAUACUGUCAGUGGGACUGAUUUCCUCAAGAAUGCAAUCACUUAUGGCCAGACUGAUGUCUUGGGAAGUGAUCUAUGGCGAGUGGAUGAUGAGCGAAUGGAGGAUGGGUUCAGCAUGCUCCCAGAAGCAGUGACAGAGGACGGAGAUAUGACCAGACUGAUGCUGCAGCACUGUGUGGUGCCUGGAUACCAGUUCCUCAUACAAGUGGCACCCGAUCAGACUCUGAUGUCUCAACCCUAGAGCAGAUGGCUUGGACAAAUAUUGGAAACCUGCCAGGGGGCUUACGAAGAAAGGAUUAUUCACGGAGAAAAUACUAUUUUAUUUGUCGUAUUUAAUUUAUAUAUUUUGUUUGAUUAAAUAUGAAUGUGUUUUUAUUUCACAAACUGUAUCCUUGGCAGCCCUAAAAUAAAAUGUAAAGACGGCUUCUGUUUUUAAAAUUACUGUCUAAAAGGGUUGGUUGUUUUUUGUUAAGUUAUUAUAUUCCGUCUAAUGAAAAGCCACAAUUAAUGGUUACAAGGACUACUGUUAUACAUAUUAAAUUAAAUGAAAUGUCAUCAAGUCCUUUAAAGGGAGACAUUUGUACCAAGAAGACGGACGUUUUGUUACAUUUCUGUAUUUAUAUUAUUUUUUUUGUCCAUAUAACUGAAUGCUGUGGUUGCCAAUGUUUCUCAUUUCAGAGGUUUUCAUUUGAGUUUUCCUUGCAAAACUACAUGUACUACUCUUACUUAAAAAAGACAACUUGAAUUUCAAAAUGCUUGAUAAAUGAUGUAAUUAACGA